AUUAUAUGGUGGUUGGAAAAAUGUGGAAUUGAAAAUCCUGAGGAGCUUCUAAUUUUUAAUGAUGACCUAAAUUUAUUAGAAGUUUUAAAAAAUGAUACUAAGUAUGAUACCUGUUUGGUCGAUUUUAACAAGUCAGAAAAUAACUGCGUAUAUAAUAUAAAUAAUAUAAAAUCGAUUAUCGACCAUCACAUAUUAAAUGAAGAAAUGAAAAAUAAAAAAAUAACCAAAUCUGUGUUUCCAAUAUAUGUGUGUAGCUGUAUGGUUAUAAUAGCUUAUUUUUAUAAAUAUUCGAGUGAAUUUCUAGGAAUUUCUCUUUUGAAUAGAGAUAUAAUGUGGCUAAUAUAUGGAACAAUGUUAAAAGAUUCUAAUAAUUUUCCAAAAGAUGAUUUUCGUAAAAGAUGGAUACAAUCAGAUUUAAAUAUUUAUUUAUCUAUGAAGAAAUAUUUUAGAAUACCUGAUAUAAUGGAUAUAUAUAUUACACAGAAAUUUAAUAAUAUCAGAUUUUCAAUCGACCUAAAAAAAUUUGGAAUAGAGAAUUUAUUAUUUGUUGAUUACAAGGAUUAUAAUUAUGACAUCCAAGGGAAAAAAUUCACAAUAAGAAUUUGUUCCUUAGAUUUUAGUGUUGAAUCCAUUUUAUCUCAUGAAAAUGUAGACACAUUAGUAAAUAAAAUGUGUGAACUUUGUGAAGAAAAUAAAUUUGCUGCUUUUAUUUUGAUGGGCUCAUAUAUGAUUAAUUAUGUUUACCACAAAGAUAUAGGAUUACUUUUUUUCAAUGAAGAUAUAACAAAAGAUAAACUCCUUAUGGCUUUAAUAGCAAACCAGGACAUAAGCCUUUGUGAAAAAGGAUUUAAAAGAAUAACAUGUAAAAAUGAAUCAAGGAAUAUUGACCUUUUCCAAAUUAAUAAUACAAGUUAUUCGAGAAAACGACUGGAAUGUUUUUUAAGUUAUUA